AUGUCUAAUCCUAUAUUGGAAAAGUCUUUAGAUGAAAUCAUUGGCGAAAAAAAGCCAGCCAAAAAAUUUCCUAGUGGGCCAAAAAGAGGUAACUCAAGAAUCAAUAAGCCACAUCAAAGACCAAAAGGUCCACAUGGAAGAAGAAAUGAUAGACCAAGACCGUCAAGUUCGGUUCCAAGAGAAGUUACAGCUAUUUCUAAGUCCAGACCUAUUCUCAGAGUCAAGAAUAUCCACCCAGAUUUAAAUGGAGAAGAUUUAUCUAAUUUAUUCGAUGGAGUCGCUCCUGUCGAGUUUGUCAAAUUUGAUCCUAGAAAGGAUGAUGUUGCAUAUGUUUGCUUCCAAUACGACCAUAAUAAAAAUAAUUCCAUAGCCAUUUCCAGAUUUGACGGAAGAAAGGCUAUGGGUGAAAACUUGGUCGUAGAAAGUGCCACAUCAUUGGCAGACCGUAUAGUUGUUCCCAAGGGAAGCCAACAAGGUCCAAGAAAUGCUGCAUCAGGAGGCAAGCCACAUAGUGCGUUGAAGAAGAAGCAAAAGCCUCAAAAGAAGUCCAUUGACACAUUGGAUGAAGAACUUUCGGCGUAUAUGUCCGGUAAGAGUGAGGAAGAAUUGAAAAGAGAAUCAAAAGUCAGCAAGCUUGAUAAUGAAAUGGAAAAUUAUUGGAAUAAGAAAGAUGAAAAUGAUUCUAAUGGAAAUGAAAAUCCAAAUGAUCAGCCUGUGGAUACAGCAGACGAAAUGAAAUUGGAUUAA